AAUCUGCCCAGAAAACCGACAAAAUAAGAAACUGUUUGGUCAACCGCUCUCUCUUCUAGUUCAUAUCCGUACAAAAACUCUCUCUCUCUCUCUCUCUCUCUCAUAUGAUGAACAUGAACUCAUCAAUCUCAGACUCCUUCAAAACAAACCCUAUCAACCUCUCCCACAUUAUCCCACUCGAUUUCGAAUCCGUUCAUGCCCUACCCGAUUCCCACGUCUGGACUCAUAGGAAGGAGGUUGAGAUUCCAACACCUUAUAAUACUCCGUCUUUAGUCUGCGUACCCGUCAUUGACCUAUUCGAUUCGAACGCCGCCUCUCUCAUACGCCGUGCAUGCGAGAAAUGGGGUGUCUUCCAAGUCACCAACCACGGCAUUCCCAUGCACCUCAUGAAAGAAGCCGAGUUCCAAACCCGUCGCUUAUUCGCUCUCCCGAGAGACCAAAAGCUCCGGGCCCUCCGAUCACCCGAGGGAGUAACCGGGUACGGGUUGGCCCGCAUUUCGAAGAACUUCCCGAAGCUGAUGUGGUCAGAGGGCUUCACCAUCAUGGGGUCUCCGGCGGAACAUGCUCUUCAACUUUGGCCACGUCACCAUGCCAACUUCUGCGAUGCAAUGGAAGAGUACCAAAAGGAGAUGAAGGGCCUAGCCCUAAAAUUAAUUGGGCUCAUGCUUGGAUCAUUGGGCCUGAACUACGAAGAUGUGAAGUGGCUUAAGCCCAAAAAUAGCAGCAGGCCACAGACCGUGCUUCAACUGAACUCCUACCCGGUCUGCCCAGACCCGACCCGGGCAAUGGGUCUCGCUCCUCACACGGACUCCUCAUUGCUCACUUUGCUAAACCAAAGCAGCAUAAGCGGCCUCCAAGUCCUUGUGGACGGGAUCCGGUGGGUGCCGGCGCACCCGAUCCCCGGCGCCCUUGUAGUCAAUGUCGGUGAUUUAAUGCACAUACUGUCGAACGGACAAUUCAAAAGUGCGGCGCAUCGUGCGGUUGUCAACGAAGUACACCAUCGCAUCUCGAUGGCGUACUUCUAUGGCCCGCCGAUGGACGUGAAGAUAUCGCCGUUGAUUGACCACAAUCAUCCACUCUAUCAGCCGGUAACAUGGAAGGAGUACCUCGAUUACAAAGCAACGCAUUUCGACAAGGCGCUUGAAGUAAUCCGGACAGAUGCCCAGAAGCUGUACCAGCGUACAUCUGAUGAUUUUGCCUUCGGCCAAUGGCCCAAUUGUACAUAGAUUACGUUGUA